UAUCUUUUAAAUCUUAAUUAACGUUGAUUAAAUAUGAGAACCUUUGUUGUAAUAAUCUCGAUUUCCGCACUGGUACUUGGACGGCCGGAUGAAAACCUAGCUACCAUUAAUAUGGCCCAUAAUGAAUGCCAAUCCAACCCCAAAACCUAUGUCGAUGAGGAUAUUUUAGAUAGAAUCAGUGGUGGAGAAAAAAUUGAUAAUCCCUCGGUUAGAGCUCACAUUCUAUGCGUAACCACAAAACUUGGUGUUCUUAACGAAGAUGGUGAAGUGAAUAGAACCAACCUAAGGACGGUGCUUUCCCGCGUGAUUCUGAAUGAAGAGAAGCUUGAAGAAAAUUUGGAAAAAUGUGCCGUAGAAGAGACUGACGCUGAAGAAGUAGCUUUGGUCUUAGACAAGUGUUUUUGGAAUAACUUGGACCACGAUCAUAAUUCGCACAUACACUACCACCACCAAAAAACUUAAUAAAAAUUGACUAACAAAUAUUGGCAUUGCUAUAUAUUAGAGAUUUAAAACAUUGGUUAUAUAUGUAUACGGUUAUUUUUCUUUAAUUAUGUACAAAUACAUUGAACCUUUACUUUUCAAGAUAAUCAACAACAGAUUUUUUUUA